UCUUUGGGACGGGCCUCGCCGGGUCGCAGUCGCCUCCCGCUUCCUCCCGGCGAUCCCUGGUCGCUCGGCUCACUGGCCCGAGAGCUCUCCAAGCUUCAGCUGCCGCGUCUGUGAAACGGGAGUGCCCAGGGAAUCCUACCGUUCGCGUUUGUCCCGAGGUUAAUGCUCCCAAAGCAGCGAGUGACAUACGGGAAGCGCCCGGCGACACUUAGAAAAAACCAGCGGCUUGCCCGCCCAGAGCCCACCCUGGGCAGAAAGGCUCCCGAAAGGUUCCUCAUCAAAGGCAGUGUGGCUGGUGGUGCCACCUACCUGGUGUAUGACCAGGAUCUGCUGGGGUCCAGUGACAAGAGCGAGGCCGCCCUGCGGAAGGCCAAGGAGGUGGUGCCCCCUGCCGUGCACCAGUUCAGCCAGUACGUGUCCCGGCAGACAGGCCUGCAGAUACCACAGCUCCCAGCCCCUCCAAAGAUCAACUUUCCCAUCCGCGAGUCCUGGAAUUCAGGCAUCAUCAAGGUGAUGUCCUUGCUGUCUGCGGUUCCCUCCAAGGCCCAGGAGUACUCCAGGGAGGGCUGGGAGUACGUGAAGGAGCGCGUCAAGUAGGAGUUGCAGAGGCUGUCCACCUGCGGACCUGGGCAGGGUGCCGGGGGCUCCCGACUCCCGACUGGGACCCCACGCCAAGGGCAGCUCCCAGCCUUGCUGGCCCAAUAAAGGACUUCAGAACUGUUC